CCUUUUUAUCGACUAGACCUUUCUUAACAACCGCCAUGGAAGGUUAGUGAAUACCCCUCCGAUAUGCUCUCUUUCCUCUUGCUGUCAACUUUGAUACCUUGCAAAUGCUUGCUUUUGCUGGAGGGGCAUAAUUGCUAACCAUUUCCUCUGUCUAUAGACGAAGUUGCCGCCGUAUGUUUGCUCCUUGUCCGGUUCUUGCUCGCGGGAAACCCGAAGUGGUUUUGUUAUGUUGUGGUAUGGGAAUGUAGCUAACGUCGCAAUCUGAAACUCUCAGCUCGUUAUUGAUAAUGGGUGAGCAAUUCUUUGUGAUCAGGAAUCUCAGCUGCAGCUCUAUGCUAAUGGCUUUUGAUAGAUCCGGUAUGUGCAAGGCUGGUUUUGCUGGGGAUGAUGCUCCCAGAGCCGUUUUUCGUGAGUACCUCUAUCUAUUUUGUUUCCGGAUUGGUGGAACUACUUGGUGCCCCGCUAUUUAUGGUCUGCUCGGAGUUACUCACAUUUUUACAGCCUCCAUUGUUGGACGUCCUCGUCAUCAUGGGUAUGAUAAUCCCAAUUUCCAAUUUCCCGUCCCUUUUUGCUUCCUUCUUUUCUGCCUGGAUACCCCGCGGUCACGGGAUAUAUCCCCACCAAGAAUACGACGUUGCAUUAAGCUUUUUUAUGCGGAAAACGGGGUAAUUUCUGACAAGAAUUUCUGCUGUGUUUUAGUAUUAUGAUUGGUAUGGGUCAAAAGGACUCCUAUGUUGGAGACGAGGCUCAGUCCAAGCGUGGUAUCCUCACUCUAAGAUAUCCCAUUGAACACGGUGUCGUGACAAACUGGGAUGACAUGGAGAAGAUCUGGCACCACACUUUCUACAAUGAGUUGAGAGUAGCGCCGGAGGAGCACCCUGUCCUCUUGACUGAAGCUCCUAUCAACCCCAAGUCCAAUCGAGAGAAGAUGACUCAGAUUGUUUUCGAAACCUUCAAUGCGCCUGCCUUCUACGUCUCCAUUCAAGCCGUGCUUUCACUGUACGCUUCUGGUCGUACUACUGGUAUCGUUUUGGAUUCUGGUGACGGUGUCACCCACGUUGUCCCCAUCUAUGAAGGGUUCGCCCUCCCACAUGCCAUCUCUCGUGUUGACAUGGCUGGACGUGAUCUUACCGACUACCUUAUGAAGAUUCUUGCCGAGCGUGGUUAUACCUUCAACACCACUGCCGAGCGUGAAAUUGUUCGUGACAUCAAGGAGAAGCUUUGCUAUGUUGCUCUUGACUUUGAGCAGGAGAUCCAGACUGCCGCCCAGUCAUCUAGUUUGGAGAAGUCUUACGAACUUCCUGACGGUCAGGUUAUUACCAUUGGUAAUGAGCGGUUCCGUGCUCCUGAGGCCCUUUUCCAGCCUUCAGUCCUCGGCCUUGAGUCUGGUGGUAUCCAUGUGACCACCUUCAACUCCAUCAUGAAGUGUGACGUCGAUGUGCGCAAGGAUCUCUAUGGAAAUAUUGUCAUGUCUGGUGGUACUACUAUGUACCCUGGUAUCGCCGACCGUAUGCAGAAGGAAAUCACAUCCCUUGCUCCUUCUUCAAUGAAGGUCAAGAUCAUUGCUCCCCCCGAGAGGAAAUACUGUAUGUUUUUACCACCGUCCACUGGGGGGCCAUCUGACUAAUUUUCAAUAGCUGUCUGGAUCGGAGGAUCUAUCCUUGCAUCCCUCUCCACCUUCCAGCAAAUGUGGAUCUCAAAACAAGAAUACGACGAGAGCGGACCUUCUAUCGUCCACCGCAAGUAUGUUCACAAUUUCCUUGAGCUCAUUGUUGAGGGUCCAUGUACUAACACAUUCUAG